UUAAGCACGGGGAUGUAUGCUUGGAAACAGAUGAAUGUCCAUGUUUGUGGAAAGGAAAGGAGUACUUCCCAGGUGACAAAGUGAUUUCAUCCUGUCAUACAUGCAUUUGCCAGCAUGGAUCAUUUCAGUGCACCUUCCAUCCCUGCCCAUCCAUGUGUACUGCCUAUGGGGAUCGGCAUUACAGAACAUUCGAUGGACUUACCUAUGACUUUGUUGGGACUUGUAAGGCUUAUCUAGUUAAGAGUACUUCAGCAAGUUUCUCAGUAGUUAUACAGAAUAUUAACUGUUUUAAUACUGGAAUCAUUUGCAGAAAAGACAUUUUCAUUACUGUUGGAAAAUCUUCUCUAAUAUUUGAUGAUGAAACUGGGAACCCAAGCUCAUCUAGUUACAUGGACAAACUACAGAAAAUACAGUUAUGGAAAGCUGGGUUUUUCACUGUUGUUCAUUUUCCUGAUGAACACAUCACUAUUCUUUGGGAUCAGAGAACAACAGUUCAUGUACAGAUGGGUCAUCAGUGGCAGGGUGAAUUGUCUGGGUUGUGUGGAAAUUUCGAUUUGAAAACAAUAAAUGAAUUGAGGACUCCAGAUAAUUUUGAAUUAACAAACUCACAAGAAUUCGGAAACAGCUGGACAGCUGUAGAGUGUAUUGACAGGUCUGACAUUCAGAAUCCAUGCAGUUUGAAUCCACUGAGAGAGCCAUUUGCAAAGAAGGAAUGCGGAAUACUGUUUAGUGAAGCAUUUGAAGCUUGCCAUCCAGUGAUUGAUGUCACUUGGUUUUACUCGAACUGCUUGGCAGAUACAUGUGGUUGUAACCAAGGAGGAGACUGUGAAUGUUUCUGUACAAGUGUAUCAGCAUAUGCCCAUCAGUGCUGCCAGCACGGAGUUUCUGUAGACUGGAGGACUCCUAGAGUGUGUCCUUAUGAUUGUGAAUAUUUCAACAAAGCUCUGGGAAAGGGCCCAUACAAACUUCUCAGCUACGUCAAUGGAGAAUUUGUAAUGGCAGCAAAACUGGUGAAUGGUUUUGUUUUCCCAGUGAGAGAAGAUGAUAUUAUUCCUGGACAUGUAGUGAGCUUUAUGCUUACUUCAGGACUUUAUAAACCCAAAGCACAUGAUUCCAACUUGGUUUCACUUGAAGCUGCUGAGAGACCUAAUUACUUUCUUCAGUUGUCCUCAAGUAAUACCCUUGUUCUUUCCAAAUGGGAAAAAAAGUGAAGAAUUUCACAACAAAUCAACAUUUGUUAUCCACAAGAAUACAUGGCUUUCAGGAUAUAGUUCCCUUGAGUCAUUUGCAAAACCAGGAUACUUCAUCCACAUUUCAAUGUCUUCAGUUGAGCUUUUGAAGUACCAUCAUUCAGAGGAGUUCAGACUGUCAAUACUUCUAAAACUUGUGGGUAGGUAAUCAAAUUUAUAUUUUAUUAACAGCAGUUUGCUUCCUGUGGAAAUACAGGCCAAAUACUACUGGCAUUUUAAGAGGUGAUGAACUUACU